UGGCGGCGGGCGUGCGAUGUUCCGUGUUCGAAAAGCGCGUCGCCACCGGGUUGACCUUCCCGUUAGUGUAGCGCGGAACCCUUGUUACGACGUAGCUGCCUAGAGAACGAACGCAUCGAUGCUCGCUUUAGAUGAUCGCGGGAGGAAAAGACGACCUCGCGAACGUCGAUCAUAUGAUCGCCGGCGCGAUCAGCGGUUUCGUCACUCGUUUCCUAUGCCAGCCUUUCGACGUCGUCAAGAUUCGAUUCCAGCUACAACUGGACCCGAUCAAGUCGUCCCACCCGACGGCCAAGUACACGGGAAUAUGGCACGGCACCGGGCGCAUUCUACGCGAGGAAGGUGUCGCCGCAUUCUGGAAGGGGCAUGUUCCUGCCCAGAUGCUCUCCAUCGUCUACGGUGGAGUACAGUUCUCUUCGUGGGAGUACCUGACACGACAGUUUGAGACGGGCCUGGGGCCCGACCGGUGGCAGCACUGGCACAACAGCGUGAACUUCACUUGUGGCUUUGCAUCGGGCUGCAUCAGCACCGUUGUGGCGCAACCUUUCGACGUCAUCCGCACCCGUCUUGUAGCGCAGAUGGAACCCAAGACGUACCGCUCCAUAAGGCAAGCGGUGAGCUGCAUGUGGCGGCAAGAGGGCCCAACGGCCUUCUACCGCGGCCUGCUGCCCACCCUUCUGCAGAUUGGGCCUCUGACGGGAUUCCAGUUCGCCUUCUACUACUUCUUCGUCAACCUCUGGGAGUUGCUGCUCCACCCGGAGAGCCACGUCACCGGAGUGAGCCAGAGUGUGGCCUGCGGAGCGCUUUCUGGCUUUAUGUCCAAAACACUUGUCUACCCUCUAGAUCUCAUCAAGAAGAGGCUGCAAGUGCAGGGCUUCACAGCGCACGGCGUCCAGUUUGGCCGGUACACUGGCUUUGUCCACUGCAUACGCUGCAUCGUGAUGCAGGAAGGCGUGCAGGGCUACUUCAAGGGCUACUUGCCCAGCGCCUUCAAGUCCAUGGCCACCACUUCGUGCUACUUUGCCUCGUAUGAGGCUGCCUGCGAGAUGUUCCGGCUAAGGCAUGGAAUACACCAAGGAAAAUUUUUAGGGGGCAGUGACGAUUGAACCUUCUGUAGACCUCUGGAAUACCCUUUUUUUUUUCUGCUGCAUGUGGGUGUGAGGGCCCACUACAACAGGACGACUGUGCUAAACAACAGGAACUGUACUUGCAAGUCUCCCUCGCAUUCUGUAUAGACCAUACCAGCAACAGAAUGAGUGUUGUGUGAAUUGGCUGCUUGCUCAUUGCGGCUCCAAUUCCACAUAGUGCUUAAGUUCAGAUCAUUCAGUUCUUGGUUGCAUGUGUUUCGUUCAUAGUAGAGCAGAAAUGUGUGCCUUCUGUUGUGCUGCAGCUAAACUAAAUGUGCGAAUUGGCUCCAGUAUAAAACAGUGCCGUCUUUCACAGCUAAGGUGAAGCGCAUUUUUCAACGCAGCGGUCAUGGUUAACUGAAUAUUUUUGUUGCAGUGCAUGAUAAAUAGCUGUAUUUAUUCUAUAGCUCCCAUAUUUAUUUCACAUAGCUAUCAUUUGUAAAGAACUGAAUUUCUUUGAACUGUAUGUGAAACUGGGAGUUUGUGAUUAUAGUUGUGUUAUCUUAAUGCUAAUUAGUUAUUGUUUUGUAUCUGUAUGCUCAUGCUUUAGUUCUUAAUUAAAGACUGGUAGUGUCAGAAGGCUUUGUUUUGAGUCAUCCUUCUGUCUUUACUUCUGUCUGGCCUAUUUUUGUCAUUCUGGGAAUUAAACCUCAUUAACAUUUCAAUUAACACUGUUGUUAUAUUUUUGCCCUUGCCACAGAUUAUUCACAUUCGAACCUUACUGUGUAUGAAACGGGCACACUGUGGUUGUAAAUGUGCUAUUACUAAACUAAGCCCGCUGCAAUAAGCUAAUUGUGAAUAAACUUUUAGUGAUAUUCAGCUUGUAUUUUAGCUGCGUAUGCUGUGUGCAGUUGGCACCUCAGUUUUAGCAAUGCUCAGUAUCCCUGUUGCAUGCGCAUGUAAAACUUUGUUGGGCAUUAUGCAACGUUGCGUAAAGGCCCUCUGUUUAUGUUUGUGUUGACAACCGGUGUGAAAAGGUUACCUUAACCUUAGGUUACCUUAAAGUUACCUUAACGAUAGUUGUAGAGGCAGUAUGUUGGUUGUGUUGGAGUGAGUGAUAACGCCUUUCUUUCGGGCAUUUUCUUUUUUUUUUUUUGAAUACGUGUUUUUAGCGUGUAGCAGACAUUUGAAUUUGAAAGUGAGGGCGAAGCACAAGAAUGUUUUGCAUAAAUUCAAAGCUGUUGAGUCAUUCCCUUUUUUUCUUACAAUGGGCAUCGCAGAGAUGGGAGAGUGCACGCUUUUAUUAGUGUUUAUGUUCCUGCAAGUCACUUGCACUGAGAGAGGCAAGCAGUUUACAUAUGUUCAUAGAAUGCAUCCGCAGCACUCCCAACUUUUUAGCAUUAGGGUGCUUAUCCUUUGUUCUUGACUCUAAAAUAUGCAUGACAAAUUCUUUACUGUUUUACUAGCAGCACACAUAUGCCUCAUACUAUUAAUCAAGUCAAAGUUCCAAGCAUAUGUGUGGUUUUUCAUAGUGUAUCUGCAGCUUAAGUGGCCCAAUGUUCACUCAGUUAACCUGCAAUUAACCCUCCACCCUAGAAACCAUGAGUUAUCAAGGAAAAUUUAUUCAUGCUGUAUCUUACUGUAUUGUGCUAAUUAGGCCUUGUUUCCAGCACCUCUGAUGGAUUGUGUCUGUACAAUUGUACAACAUGUUUUUGUCAACUUCCCUGUCAAAGGCCACAGUUCAUAGCCUUGUUAGGUAAAGAACUGAGGUUACAUUUGAUAUAUUUGAUAUGCAACACACAUAGUUGCAUUGUUUUGCUUUGGUAUUGUUGCGUGAUAGUGAUGUUGCCAUCAGAAGUCAGGGUUCACUCUCAGUGUUUGUUUAUUUCUCUAGGCAUUUUGGCUUGCACUCUUGUACAGCAUCACACCUUCGUCGCUUAGCACUUUCCUACAUUGAAUAUAUAUGCAUCAAAGGCCACAGUUUAUAGCCUUGUUAGGUAAAGAACUGAGGUUACAUUUGAUAUAUUUGAUAUGCAACACACAUAGUUGCAUUGUUUUGCUUUGGUAUUGUUGCCUGAUAGUGAUGUUGCCAUCAGAAGUCAGGGUUCACUCUCAGUGUUUGUUUAUUUCUCUAGGCAUUUUGGCUUGCACUCUUGUACAGCAUCACACAUUGCUAAGCACGACUUCGUCGCUUAGCACUUUCCUACAUUGAAUAUAUAUGCAUAGCCAAGUGAGAAUGUGUGCAGCUCAAGCAUACUGAACUGUUGUUUAUGUGCAACAGCUUUAGCAUCCUCUUGAAGAUAGGACGCAAAAAUAUGGCACUGUCUUAUGCAAAUACAAGGAGUACUCACUGUCACUUCUGAUAUGCUAAAAAUUACGUCAUACACUAUGCCACUGCGGGCGCUCUUCUCACUACGGUAUUGUUAUCACUCCUUGAGUAAUUGGGAAUAUGUACGGUGUCGAAACAACGCUGCAUUAGCAAAUUACCUCAAACAAUGCACUGAAUCUAAAGAAUACGCCGUGAAGAAAAGAAGUUAGAGGUGCUAGGCCUCCAAAUAUAAAUAUCACUUCGUGCCGUAUUACUGAAGCUCCACAAUCGCAGAAUCACUUUUGUAAGCUCUACUGCAACACAUCUGCGCAUUGCUGUGAAAUGUAUUAAUAAGGAAUAGAAUUGCUGAAAAGGAAAGCUUGCUACCAGAGUUCCACAUGUGUUAUUAUAUUACGAAUAUCCGAAAUAUUUUCCAAUGCCCUCUGGAUUUGAUUCAUGUUCAAUUGUAUACUGUUGACGUAAACCUUCAAAGUUUCCCAUUUGUCAUGUUCUAAUUACGAAUUUACUUCAAUUUCCUAAUCUCUGAGAUUAUGGAAGGAAAUGCAACAUUAUGUGUAUGCACACUUAACAAGAGGCUCUUGCUAUUGUUUUCCUGUAUACGGCGUAGUAUUGUAGCACUGUUCGCGGCUUGUAAACCUAUCAUUGGUUCACAAGCAAAUAGUCCACAAUAUCAUCAAGCAACAUUGCAAGACCCUGGUUCAUUGGCCAUACAGCAGUUUGAAGCAUAAGCAUCUUCAGGAAGGCAUAAGUUUGUUACAAACUUAAGAUCAUAUUGGGACAGCAUUUUGCAGCACUUUUGUGGCAUAGAUAGCACAUGUACUAUGUUACUGCAAGUGUGCAAGUCAAUAUGUGCAUGCACAUAAUGACUUGCACUUAAUGGUAUGCACAUAAUGUCAUACCAGACAAAAGGUACGAGUGCAUACCGUGCGUGUGUCCUAUUCUGAAUCUGGUAAGUGUUACUUCUGUGUGGUUCUCUGAAUCAAUCAACUUCAGUGGGUUGUACUGUAAGAGACCGUAUUUGAAAUUAUUUUGCUAGUGCACUUUGUGUACUUUGUGACUCUGAGGUGAACUCUUAGUUUGAAUUAUGUAUCCAUGGUCGUACCAAUUGUCAAUCUUGUGACAUGGUCAAGUUGCAUUUGUUUGUGUGUUCUUUAUUGUGUGGCAUAGCGGUAGAGGGUUCCAGCGCGUGUCCCUUGUUUUUCUAUGCAUUCGUCACUACUUACACAGAUGUUUGCCCCAUAUUACCAAUAAAACUAAUACACCAAUUACCAAUGUACCUGGAAAUAGUACCUUAUGUUUACUCUGACAAAUAUGGGACAAAAUUGGCCAUAAAUGCGGUAAAUGUUCUCUUCGGGGAGCGAGAAACUUAGUUUAAUUAUCGCGGUAAACGCUGUCACGUUUCAUAGAGCUCAUUGCAUGUGAAAGCAUUAGAACACUUUGUUCAUGUUUCAUAUGCGAGAGGAACCCAUGUGUUUUUGUUUGUGUUUUACAAGACAUGGUUUGUCGCUUAUGUGUACCAAAGAUCUGCGCACAUUUUUCAUGCUAUUCAGUCUUCGUGUGCUUCGUUGACUUCUCUCUUUUCCCAGGCGUUUAUGCCUUUUUCUUUUAGCACUAACAUUAAGAUAUGCUUGCAGCUUAGGUAUUGACAUCCGGCACAUGUUAAUAAGCCAGGCAUUCAGGUGGCAAACUGCAACGAAGACUGCCCUGUUCUCUGUUCAAGCCAAAUGGCGAUUGUCAAAAGCGAACAGUAGACCUGGCAAAGGCGAAUAAAAUCCCCUCUGGUUUCUGAAUAAUGUUUAAAUUGCACCUUCAGUCUUGUCAGUAGACAUUGUUGAUGUGUGCAUGUAUUAGCUUGGCUCUAUGUAGUGCUGCUA